UGGCUUUUGCUACCAGCUCUUCCCUUCCCAUGUGGCUGGGACUUGGACACUAACCCGAAACCAUGGGGCUCCCAGCCAAAGCCGGAAUGGGCCAGGCCUUGCUGUGGUCAAUCCUGUUGUGGUCCACCGUGGUGCUCUCUCCAACCUUGGCAAUCAAAGUUUACACGGCAAACGAGGUCCAUGGCACGAUGGGAUCCAAAAUUAAGCUCUCUUGCUCCUUCUGGUCCAACGAGUGGAUCUCUGACGACAUUUCCAUCACAUGGCACUUUCAGCCCGAACGUGGAAAAGACAGUAUUUCGAUAUUCCACUAUGCCAAAGGCCAGCACUACAUCGACAACGUCGGGUCCUUCAAGGAAAGGAUCGAGUGGAUCGGAGACCCUCGCUGGAAAGACGGCUCCAUUAUCAUCCAUGACCUGGAAUACACCGACAACGGGACCUACACUUGUGACGUCAAAAACCCACCGGACAUUGUGGGGAGAACAUCACAAGUCACCCUCUAUGUCUUUGAGAAUGUUCCGACCAGAUACGGCCAAGUCCUGGGUGGGAUCAUUGGAGGCGUCUUGCUCGUAGUCUUAGUAGUCCUACUGAUAGCUUACCUGAUCAGGUACUGCUGGCUGAGAAGACAAGCUACUCUUCAGAGGCGGCUCAGCGCCAUGGAGAAAGGGAAACUGAGGCUGGGGAAGGAUUCUUCCAAACGACGCCAUCAGACCCCCGUCCUGUACGCCAUGCUGGAUCACAGCCGCCUCACCAAAUCGAGCGACAAAAAGUCCCGCUUGGGAGAUUCGCGCAAGGAUAAGAAAUAGCGGUUAGCCGGCAGAGAAGGUAUCGAGAAGAAGGCGGCCAAGAAACAGGUGGUCCUGACCAUCGAGAUGGAAGCAAAGAAGGACCAGCAUGAGGCCGAAGGCCUCAAGCCCGCCGUCAAGUCCCCCAGCAAAAACAGCCUCAAAAACGCCCUCAUGAAUAUCCUUAAAAGCGAUUCGGCUGUCUAAUUCGAACGCGGGGCCUUUCCUGGCCCUCCUCUUCCUCCCCCAACUCCCCCGGGAGAUUCCUUUCUCCUCCACCCAGUCCUCUUGGCUUUGCUAAGAUUACCAGAUCAAGGGCGCAGUACCUCUGACCACCAGCAGGCAGCGGCAAGGAGUUGGUUUGGGGUCCUCUGCUUCCACCUGCUGGCCGUUGGGAAGGCUGCAGCCCAGCCAUGUUGUUUUAAUGCACAUUUCUCCAUCUCAUCAAAUUUAAAAUGUGUGGAGUUCAACUGCCAGAUUUUUGGCUGGCAAAUUCUGGGCAUUGUAGUUCACACAUUUUAAAGCUGCUGAAGUUUGGAAAUGGAAGCAUUUACAAGUUGUAUGGGCAUCUUUACUGCUACAAUAAUAAUCUGUCUAACCAAGGGCUUUUCACGAGAGGGAGAUUCCCAUCGGCCCCUGGAAUGCCCUCCAUCGCCAUGAGGAGAAAACGCACUGGGUGUCCUGUCCUUCUCACCCUCCCGAGUGUUAUAAAUUGGCCCAAAAUUUGCAAAAUUCUCCUUAAAACGGUGCCUUCUUCUGCUCUAACUGCCGUGACGCUCUUCUGCUCCAUGAUUCGAGCACAGAUGUAAUUUUAUUUUCUUAAAAAAAAAAAUCUCCUUUUUUUUUUUUUAAUCUGAAGAACCAGAUUCUUGUCGUUGCAUCUCUCACAAACUCACAAUGAUGGUUUAAUUUCCUUUCCGGGGUUGGGGGGGGAGAUUCCAUUCCAGGAGGGGCGGAAAAACAUCUUGUUGGCCUCCAUCGCGCCCCCCCCCCCCUUGAGCAAAACCUCUCAACAAAACAAAGGAAGAAAAACUAAUAUUUUAAGAACAAAAUGCUCCAAAUUCUUCUCUCUCUCUCUCUCUCCCUCCUUCCCUCUCUCUCUCUUUCUCUUUCCCUCUCUCUCUCUCCCU